CUUACCUUCAGACCAAACACCUUACUCUUCUUAAAUAAACUCUUCUUACUUUUUUGAUUGGUCCUUAAACCCUUCUUAAUUCUCCUCCCACUUUCUUGAUACAACUCUCAGCCACUUCCGCUGUGCUUAAUAUUGUUAGCAGCUUUCUGCUGUGUUGGGCCUGGCAAAGUGAAGGUCAUGCGUUAUGCCACUUUCAGUUUUGGAUGUUCAUCAAAUGAGAAUUGCUAUAGCAAAACCAAGAAGAUAGCAGUUUUUCUUUCUCAAAUUCCUAGGUAUAGAAGAUGGUACAACAGCAGUAGUGCUGGACUUUCUUCGAGAUUUUCCUCACCCGACGCUCAUCCAAUUCUUCGAUCCUGUGGUCUUCAGCAUUCGUUCAAGAAUUGGCAAGAAUUGAGAAAGAAUAAACUUACAGCUAGCACUUUUAGUCAAGCUGUUGGUUUUUUUCCUAAGCGCAGACCCCAACUCUGGUUGGAGAAAAUCGGGGCGAUUGAACCCUUCUCGGGUAAUUUAGCUACGUGUUGGAGUAACAUCAAAGAAGAGGAGGCUCUUGAGAGGUAUAAGCUGAUAACUGGAAAUCCUGUCUCUUUUACUGAUUUUCAGGUAUAUCGGGAAAUGAAGAGAGAGGAUGACUGGCUUGCAGCUUCCCCUGAUGGCGUGGUUGACAAGUUUGUUUAUCAUUUGCCAUCGAGAGGGGUUUUGGAGAUCAAAUGCCCUUUCUUCAAAGGCGAUAUGAGUGCUGCAACUCCUUGGAAAAGAAUUCCGAUCUUUUAUGUUCCACAAGCACAGGGUUUAAUGGAAAUAUUGGAUCGAGAUUGGAUGGACUUUUAUGUUUGGACUACCAAAGGAAGCAGUUUGUUUAGGUUGCAUCGUGACGAAGAAUAUUGGAAGCUCUUGAAGAUUGCACUUUCUGACUUCUGGUGGAAGCACGUUCAGCCAGCAAAGGAGUUGUACGAGAGAUCACAGAUCAAAAAUCCCGUUGUCGAACUAGGCUCCUAUAAGCCAGAACCUCAGCAUGAAUUGUUCCGGUCUAUCAUCUAUGAAAGCAGGCGUGUGCUUGAUAAUUCCGUGUUGCUUAUGCGUGAAAUAGAUGGAAAAUUACAAAACUGAGAUUCCUUUAGAAAGAUUGCAGUGUUACUUAUUCUAUUAGCAUACUUGAACUCCAAAAUUAAUCAAGAUACAGUGGUUGGAAGAUCACAUGCAUUGACAUGGGCCAGUUGAGCAAAUGAACUUGUUCAAUAGCCAAAUGGAGGCAGAUGUUAGGACAAAGUUGGCACAAACUCUUAUGGAGAUAAGUCAAGUUGGAAAUUGCUAUUGUUGACCCAAUGACAAACCUUCAAAUAGGAGCAGGAAGCAGUGGUUGCAGAAUGAGAGUCCCACGUGUUGGUAUAAGUUGUUCUUUUAUCUGUCAAAUUGUUUUGUUGAUUUUUCUUGUCUAUCUUAGUUUUUAUCAUCAUUCUAAACACCCUCUUUUGAUCUGUAAAUCAGAAUCUGAUAAACGAUUUCCAAAAAUGAGUUGAGCUUUACCUUUGUCAAAAAAGAAAAAAAGAGUUGAGCUUUACAUGGUUUAUUUUUUAUCUAAACUAUCAGAAGGAUAAAAAAGGAUAUGUAUUCCUGCUUGAUGGAGCAAUUAUAUGCUUGCGACAAAAUUCUAUGCUUUUUCUUUUUCUUUGUCCCUUCUUUUAGAGUGGUCAUGGUGGGUGUCAUUCUUUGUAAGCACCCUAGCAUAAAUGAUGAAUUCCUUCAGUUGUUAAAAUUCCUGGCUUUGCAUGCCCUUAUCAAUUAAUUUGAUUCAUUCGCUGUGGUGUCUCACCCUCCUGUUUAAGUUACUUUGUACAGGAUGUCUGUUGCUCUCCAUUCUACUGAAGAUGACGUGUUCUGUGCAGUCAUCUGUUAUAUUGCAGAGCAUGCAAAAAAUUAUGCUGCACUUAUGUAUAAGUAACAAAGCUUUGUGAAGAAAACUAUGUUGGGAGUUGAAAUGUCUGGUAUGCAGUGCUGCUCUUACUCCCCCAGCAUCUGGCUGCAUUGCUGGAGAAAGUCAUUGAAGCUCAAGAUUUGGUGCAGACAUUGAUUCAAAGUAUUCAGAUGCUGAUGUUGAUGACUAUAUGAGUGCUGUGAGCACCCAGCAUCCUGCAUCAAUUGACUGCAGUGCUCAUGUAAGCCGAAGAUUUUGCGGAUUCUAGCAGCGAUACGGAUUCAGAUGCUGAUGUAGAUGUCCGUAUGAGGUCUUCAUGGAGAUUGAAGCAUAAUGCCAACCCAUUCAAGAGAUGAUGGAGCUGAUUAAUGCCACUUAAACCAUACUUUUCGAGAGGUGAACCAAACUGCUGACAGUUUUGAUCAACAUAACAACAAUCAUGGUGAAACAAAAAAAAAAAUUUUGGAAGGAAAAACUACAGGGAACUGCUAGGGAAAUUAUCGACAAGCAACAAGUACCUUCUUUUCGAGUUAAGAAAUAAUGCAACAAGGUGCCGAUCCUAAGUGAAUGAAGUAUAUAAAUAGCAUCAGAGAUUCAGUUUGUGAAGGAAAAAUCUCACUUUUGUUGUAACACACAUGGAAAUAGGACACUUGGGACCCAUUUGGUUGGGGCUGUGGAAAGAAUUGGUCAUGGUAUAAAUUUCAUCAUUUUUCUAUACACUGUUCAAUUGACUAGUAGGGAGAAUUAAUCGUUGUAUAAAUUCAGCAUAGUUUCAUGAGAGGAAUUGUCAUAAAAACCUCCACCAAACUUGAAUUGGCCCUACGAUCUCCUAUUUUCUUUCUCAAAUUUCUUUUGGUUUGGAAAAUGGCUAAAUGAGUGGGGUUAAGGUGGUUGAGGCCUUUUUAACAUUUCCAAAACUUAUAGGUCAGCUAUUAAACAUUGAAAACCCUUUAUUUCCUUUAUUUUUUUCUGCCAAUUCCUCUUUCUUCACUUUCUUCUCUCUCACUCACCCACUCAACCACGGUGGUUUCCGGCGGCCUCCGACAAGAAUCAAGCUUCGAUUUUGGAUUGAAUCGUCUAUAUAGACCCAACAAGUAACAUGAAAAAGAAAUCAGUUACUACGAUGAUGAUGAACAAGCUGAAAAUGGUGAAGAUGAGUUGGAAAGUGAAACAGAUGGAGCAGGUGAAGGUGAUCAGGAUGUUCCGUCAAUUCUUGUGUUUGAAUUGGUCAUGAGACAAACAAAAAUAUUUGGUGAGCUAGUUGUAAUUUGUAAUAUUUGGAUCUACCUUUAUGUAUUGAAACUAUUUUUUGUCGAUUAA